UAUCACUACCAUGCGCUAUUCACAGGGUAAACAGUUCGAGUGGUCCGCUCUCAAGGUAAGCGCUCUCCUGACAAUACAAUAAAAAGCACCAGGUUUCCACAAGGAUUCAGUGAGUUCCAUACGCGUGUGGAAGAUGGCCCGCUAUACAGCCGAGAAAUCUCCUCAGGUGGCUCCGGACAGUGAGGAAGAAUUUAGCGGCUCCUCGGAUGAAGAUUACGACUCCGACGACGAACAGCUGCAUUUUGAGGAGAGAAUUGAUCCAACUGAGGAGAAUCCAGCAAAUUGUUCCGAUGAGAAUAUGGCUGUAUCACCCUCGUCUUAUCAUGAUCCUAAUCAUACUGAUUCUGACAGUGAAAAUGAUCAGCCUGUUCGAAAGAAAGCAAGGAAAAACAAGCAGGCAAAAUACAGUCAGUCCACUAUGUCAUGGAAAACAGAGACUGAAGCUGACACGAUUCCACAGACUUUGCGAUUCCUGCCUGCACGAGAACCUGGACCACAACUGAGAUCUGCUGACUCGCAUUCUCCCAUGAGUCUGUUCAAACAGUUUUUUUCAGAGAGAGCUGUUUCAACUCUGUGUGACAACACCAAUGCUCAGGCUGCCAAGGCAACUGCAAAGGGACACAAAUAUAAAUGGACAGAUGUCGGCAUCACUGAGAUGUACCACUACAUUGGACUUGUAUUUUACAUGGCCAUGGUGAAGUUGCCCUCAAUCCAGGACUACUGGCGACAGAGCAGUAUUUUCACAGUACCUUUUCCAGCUAAGGUUAUGUCAAGGGAGAGAUAUCGGACAAUUUCAUGGAAUGUGCACAUGAGUCACCCUGAUGCAGACAAGGAGAAUGACAAAAAGAGGGGCACAUCUGAACAUGAUCGCCUGUUCAGGGUUAAACCUCUUAUGGACACUCUCCGCCUUGCUUGCAAAACUAUCUAUCAUCCUAGAAGAAAUUUAACAGUGAAUGAGAGAGUGGUGGCAUGCAAAGCACACACAGGAAUCAGAGCCAAGCCAACAACGUUCGGCUUCAAGUUGUUUGUUCUUGCUGAUUCCUCAAAUGGAUACACUGUGGACUUUUCCGUGUACACGGGAAAGAACAACUUUCCCUCAGGACAUGGACUAUCAUAUGAUGCUGUGACAUCUCUUUUGGAUCGUAAAGUUUUAGGCUCAGGGUACCAUGUGUACAUGGACAGUUUCUUCACAAGUCCAAAGCUCCUAAAGGACUUGCUUACCAUGAAGUUUGGUGCAUGUGGGACAUACAGAGACAACAGGAAAGACUGUCCUCGGAAUGCAGAUAAUUCACUCUCCAAUGAGUCUGCAAGGGGGUCCAUCAGGUGGAUUCGGGAUGGGCCUCUUGUAUUUGUGAAGUGGAUGGACACACAAGAGGUGUCUGUCUGUUCCACCAUCCAUUCUGCUUAUACAGGAGACACUGUGCAGAGGAAGAUGAAGUCACAAGGUACAUGGAGGACAAAGAAAUUUCCAUGUCCUGCUCCUGUGACUGCAUACAACCGGCACAUGGUUGACUUGUCUGGCCAGCUGUUACAGUACUACACUGCACAGCACAAAACAAUGAAGUGGUACAGGAAGAUUUUUCUACACUUCUUGGACAUUGCUGCCACCAACACCUUCAUUGUGCAUAAAGAGCUACAUGGUGAUGUGUCCCAUAAGGAGUUCAUGGAACAACUUAUCACAGAGCUUUGUGGUGUCUCACAGAAAGUAGCACCAAAACGGGUCUAUAGUGACCAUGUGCCAGUUUCAGUAGUCGAUCUAAGCUCUGAUGCCAGGAAUGUUGCGAGUGAUGGUCGCAGGAUGUGUGUAGUUUGCAAAACCGUGUAUGCCAAGCGGCAAAAAACACCAUGGAAAUGUCAGGCAUGCGAUGUUUGCCUGUGUCUUCAGUUAAACAGAAACUGUUUUCAAGAGUGGCACAGAUAUGUGUGACUGUAUAGUGUGCAAGAGUGGGCUUUAACAAACAUAACACCCUGUUUUUUUUAUCUUGUACUAAGAUUAAGAUACUAAGAUCUUGUUUCUAAGAUCAUUGCAAGGUAAUAUAGUAAAUAUUUUGUCUGACAGUUUGAAUUCUCAAUAAACUACAGACUAAAUAUA